UUCUCGCUCGCUCCCCCCUCCCCCCCAUGCAGCUCUGAGGAGGCGGUAGUGGCGGCUCACGGGCAGCCCGGGGCCUAGUGGAAGGGGCCGGGCUGGCGCGGGCAGAGGGGCUCCCGUCGCCAUGGAGGGGAUGGAAGUGGACCUGGACGCCGAGUUGAUGCAGAAGUUCAGCUGCCUGGGAACCACCGACAAGGACGUGCUCAUUGGCGAGUUCCAGCGGCUUCUCGGCUUCCAGCUCAGCCCCGCCGGCUGCGCCUUCUUCCUGGACAUGACGAACUGGAACUUACAAGCAGCCAUUGGAGCCUACUAUGAUUUUGAGAGUCCAAACAUCAAUGUGCCCUCCAUGUCAUUUGUUGAAGAUGUGACCAUAGGAGAAGGAGAAUCCAUCCCUCCUGACACUCAGUUUACAAAAACAUGGAGGAUACAAAACACAGGGACAGAAGCAUGGCCUCCAGGUGUUUGUCUUAAAUAUGUCGGCGGAGACCAGUUUGGCCAUGUGAACAUGGUGAUGGUCCGAUCAUUGGAGCCCCAGGAGAUUGCAGAUGUCAGCGUACAGAUGUGCAGCCCUAGUACUGCAGGAAUGUAUCAAGGACAGUGGCGAAUGUGCACUGCCACAGGACUUUAUUAUGGAGACAUCAUCUGGGUGAUCCUCAGUGUGGAAGUUGGAGGACUUUUAGGAGUAACGCAGCAACUGUCAUCAUUUGAAACUGAGUUCAACACACAACCACAUCGCAAGGUAGAAGGAAACUUUAACCCGUUCGCCUCUCCGCAGAAGAACAGGCAACCAGAUGAAAACAACCUAAAAGACCCUGGGGGUUCUGAGCUAGACACAAUCAGCAAAAACACGUGGGGGCCUGCUCCUGACCAAAUUGAACAAGAUCAGACUGAACUGUCACAAAACUCUGUAAAUCUCUCCCCCAGCAGUCACUCGAACAACUUAUCAGUAGUGACAUACAGUAAGGGUUUUCACGGUCCUUAUCCCUUUGGACAGUCUUAAAAACAAAAACGGGUAUCGUCGAGAAGAGAAUUUGACAAAGAAUGGACUUGGGAGGGAGGGGGAGUUCUUAUGGCUUAUAGAAGAUACAACAUGAACCCCCUUCUUGGUCUCCAUAUCCUGAGAUAAGAAGAAAACAAACAAUAACUUAAGACUAGUUGUUUCCAGAAAAAAAACAAAACUAAAGUAUGCAUGUGUGAAUGCUGAAUUUCAGGAGUGCUGUUCAGUGCUAUGAGAGAGAAAAAUACACCAAUGUUUUGUUUAGAAGUCAUUGUCACAGUUAAUUAGGUAGCCUAAAAGAAAUUUUUUAAAAAGAUUAAAAUGGAAAAGCCAUCUCUUUUUAAAAGAAAUUAUUUUGCCUACAGAGAGGUUGUAGUCUGAGCAAAUGUUAAUUUUUCGUUCCUUGUUCAUAACUUUUAAAAAAAGGGACAGCGUGCAUUUUUAUGGAGAUGUGCUUGCUAUGAAAUGGAAGCUUGCUUAGCAUUUUCUUGGUUAGUGCAGCUAUUUGUUUGUCAGAUGGUAUUAAUUUCUAGCUUGAUCAAUAUCCAGAUCCAUAAAUUUUAAUGAUGUCUUUCCCCCCCUUUCUUUCUUUUGGUUAUUUGCCUUUAUUCUGCUUUUGGUAUCAUUCUUCUGGGCAUGGUGUGCAUUAGUCAUCUGCUAGUUCUUUUCUGUUUGGUUGCGCAGACCUAGUUUUGCCAUUUGUUGUGCAGGGCAAGAAUGUCAAGAGGGUAAAAACACCGAGCUGAUGCAAGAGGGGUGUCUUGUGCUUUGAUUGUGGCACAUUCUCUUAUUUAAAUUCCAAAGUUUGCCCUGAACAGUUAGCAUAUUGAAAUAUUCCCAUGUUCAUUAAGCUGUCUUUGAGACAGCUAUGCAUGUAUAUGUCACUUUUGUGCCAAGAAGAAAAAUUAUUUUUCGGAGUGGUAGAGCACCAAUUAUUAAAUUUCCAUGACACUUCUAAGAUGUAAAUUUCACAUCUUCUGUUUUAUAUUGGAAUGACCACUUUGAGUCUUCAGUGAUAAAAAAAUAACUAGCUUGUUGGCAGAGACUAAAUUGCUUUGAACAUAUGGGAGAAAGAAGAACCAUCAGCAGCCAUUCACAGCAAUUCCUUCUGCUUAUCAGCUUGUUUGAUCUCUGAACACUUGGAUUUAUAGACUGGUGUGUGUGUGUGUGUGUGUGUGUGUAUCAAGGGUGUGGAACUGUUUAAGAUCUAACUGCGUAUAGCCCAUGAAGAAUGAUAGCCAUAUAAUUGAGGCCAAUCUGUCCAAUUCCAUAGAGAAUUAGCAGAACAUGGUCUCUUGAAACUCUUGGGUUUUGCAUCGGUUUAAGGAGGAGGGGGGGUUCUGUCUAAUUCAAAAACUUGAACUAGGCCACAGCAGCCAUCUGCCAAAGAUAGAAUAAUAUGCAAUGCCUCCUUCCUUUCAUCUCACUUAGAAGAUCAAACUCCCUGGUCUGAGAUAGUGGAAGUAUGAGUAUGUACUGAUGGGGAUAAUGCAAGGCCUGAAGUAACAUGCUUUGAGCUACCUUGUUGGUUUGAUUUGCAUACAAGGCCUUUGUAUUCUUCUGUAUAGCUGACCAGAACCCUGUUUCCCAUCAGAACAUAUAUAUAUAGAGCACCCAAAGUCUAUUAAAUGGAUCUGGCUAGGAUCCUAGUAGGCAGAUGUGUAGGUAUUCAGUCUUCUAGGCCAGCUCAGCAUCUAAUUUGAUGUUUUCACUUUUGAAGAACUUGUAUAAUUUUUUUGCAUCCCAACUAAUUUGAAGAGUAUAGUUUAUCUAUGACCAUAGCCAUGAACACUGGGAGAAAUGAUUGCAAGGGAUUCAUCUGAGAGGACAAAUUAUGGGAGUGUAGAAACUAUGGAAUGCCUUCCUUUAACUUCCCCCCAGCUUGGCUCCCCAAAUUCUUUUCUUAAUCAUCAUAAGCAGCAUAUUAUUCAGAUGCAAAGUAAGGUGUAGAAACUGAUUAUGUAUAGCAUUAGUCAUGAUAAUUGCUUUUAUUUAUUUUUCCUGCUCUGGGCAAGCAACUUUUUUGAUACGCAAAGAAAAGACUGAGUACACUGUAUGGUUUUUGAGAUGAGUGUGUGUGUGAGAGAGAGUAACCUCUGGUGGCAACAUUGGAAGUCAGUGGCAACAACUGGCAGCUACUACAGUAAGCUAAGUUAAAACAGAUUCAGUUUUCUCUUUAGACCAAGUUAGGUAUUCAGAAACCUCACCAUCCAAACUGUCAAACAUUGUGGAGACUUUAGUUUUUUCAUAGUGCAGAGCAAAAACUGAUAUUUACUGCCAACUACUGUUCUUUUACAGCAAGUAGGGAUGACCAUUUCCUGCAAGUCAUCUCAAAUACUAUCUCCUCUUUUGAGUGCUGGUGACUUUUAUGAAUGAAACAGUCGUUCCACUGAAGAAAGCAGAAAUCACAGCCAGGGCCCAGCUUGGUUGCAGUAAAAGUAGUCCUCUUUAUUGUCGCUAGUUUCUGAGAUCUUUCUGGGGAUAAACAUUCCUCUCUCGGGGGAUGAUCUCUGUAUAAAUAGUUACAAAGGGCUCAUACCUGUUUGCAGGUAUUUUGAUUUGAGUGAUAAUCCCUUCAGUGAUGACAAUGGGAGGAUGUUUAAAAUGCUCACUGUUUUGUGUCUCGUUUCUUUUCUCAAAUAUUCUUCUCUUUAUACAAUACCUCCUUUAUUACUCAUGGAGCUUCUUGGAACUCUGAUUUUAAAUUCAUUAGUUUUUAAGGCGUUUUUGAUGAUUUUGGAGCCAUUGAAAUGGCUGAAGCCAAAAUCAUGUUUGCUUGGGAGCAGCACUUUCAGACAGCUAAGGAGGGCAAGACAUUUUUGUGCCUAAGCAUAAAGGUUUGAUUUUCACAAAUGCAUAAUACUAGCUUCAUAAUUAUCAGGGGAAGCUGCCACCUUUCCUCCCCUCCUCAACAGAUGGCCUGUGGCUUCAACAGUAUGGGAAGCAGAAACACAGUAGAUGUAGCUUUACAUAGCAUGGAGGUGUAGUAAUGGGGGGUGGCUGUACCUGCAGAAUAGCUGAAUGUCAUAAAGGCACAACCCCUUUGUGAGAAAAAGGUGGCAAUGCUAACCAGUGCCUAGGUUUAACACACAACACUUCUGUACAGAUAUAAUCACAUGUAGGGGAAACAGUGUAGACUGCUGAGUUUGGAAGUGGCAUGGGUAUUUAGAUUGCUUUGUUGCAAUUACAGGAAUCAGAGAGCCACUCAUAGCUUUAAAAUGCACAUAUUGGCAAACACUCUUACCCACUUCAAAUAUUAUCGUGUAUAUGCCUCUCGUUCCCUCUUGCAUGAUCUGUAAAAAUACGUUGUGAAUAAAAUAACCCUUUUUACCAAAGUGAUACUGCUUGGACAUGGAGGAAGCUAAGCAUUGCUUGACCCCUAUCCCUGUUCCUGAAAUGUGACUGAUUCUUGCUCCCCCAAAUUUAGCUUGCUUCAUGUAACAAGUGUGGUUGGCUCUGGCCAUUUCCCUAGUGGUUCUCAUUCUGGAAGAAAUGAUGGAUUCCCGAGGAGGAAGAAGUAAUUUUAAUUUAACAAAGGGAAGUUUGGAUUUCUCAUUUGUUUGCAGCGUUCUUUUUUAUUUUUAUUUUAAUGCAGAUUAAACUGUAACCCAAGCUGUUGGGUUUGAAAAUGUGCUGGCAACCUCUGCAUCUGAAAAUGUGACUGUGCCUGGGAGGCAAGAGCACCCAGUCUUCUCACUAGGAAAUUGAGCUGGCUAUGAGCCUUAGUGGGUGCAAGUAAGCUCUGUCUCUGUUUGGGGAUGGGUGCUAAGCCUGCCCUGUCAGGUUGGGCCUAUGUUGUUGCUCCUACUUGGGGCAGGUGAAAGGUGUAUCCUAAGGCCUCAGGGAUUUGGGAAUGUGUAUUCAUCCCACCCCCCAGCUGCAGAUGAGUGCGUCUUGAAUCUCUAUAGGUACAAGUGUAGCCAGAGAAGCCUGGGGCUAAGAAAUGCACGCUGUCCCAUGUCUGGGUUUCCAUUGUUUUUUCUCUUGUGUGAGUGAGUGGUUGAUUCUGCAGCCUGUCUUUAUUCUCUCUGGGGGGAGUGCAUGUGUAGAGCAGGAUGUGUGUUGCUUCACUGAGUCUGGGAAGAAUCCUGUAAUAGCACAUUGUGGGGGAAAACAAAGAUGCUUUUUCCUUAAUGUAUAAAUGAAUAUUUGUAUGAUUAAAUUAACACAAAACAAUCUUA